AUCACCAUGAACUUAUCCUUGAAUUCUCCAUUAUAAAAUGUCAAUAACCCGCUACACCGUCCCCAUCCCAGCCGACACCAUAAUCCUCGAAACCCUCGAUGACGUGGACAUCUUUGUCGCAGCCCACCCGGACACCUGCGCGUAUGAAGAACACGGGGGCUACUACAUGAAAAAUGACACGGGGGUGAUAUUUGCCAUCACCUCGGAUGAGCUGAGCGAGGAGUUUGAUAGGAGAAUGGCGGACUUGAGGGCGAAGAUUGAGUCGGGGGAGCUGUCAGAGUGACCGAUAUCGCCACUUUGCCAGUGUGGAGACUUCAUCGACUAACAGAUGCCGAAUGGCCCAGACCGAGAGCCGAUGAGAUCCACUGUGGGGAUAUGCGUUUGUGAGGCCAUUUAUGUUAUUUGGACAUCUCUUUAUUAUCAGUACAAAGUAUUAGGAGAGUUGAUUAAUAUAACUCCAAAAUGCCAUCCACUGACUGGUACAGAAUGCCAGUUAGAAACAUGCGAG